CUCAUUGGCCACCAGAAGAUCGAGAUAAUGCUUUGAUCAGACUAGAUGCUGUGCCGUACUCUUUUUUAAACAGACUUGGCUGUACUUUUAUUCAGCCCUUUUCGUCUCCUUUUAGGUUUGUUUUGUUGUUUUUUUAAGUCCUUUGUUGAAAGCUGGGCAGUGUAUUUAGGCACACUGUGAUAACGUUUUAUCACACGGUGCUUUUGCGGAUUUUUGUAUCUGUUUUUUUUUUCUUUUAAACAACAACUUCAGUUUCUUUCGUGUGGAGGAUCAUCAACGGUCAGAAUCUUGAGUCCAGUUAUAAAAACCUCCCAUAAAGCAAAGAUGGAUGAAGUGACUCCACUGCUGCCAAGACAAUCAACAUCCCAGUGUUGCAUUUUAGGAUGACCUCAACAGGAAAAUGAAACAGAAGUCAAGAAGCUUGUGAACUCCAGACAACUUGCUUUAUGUCACUUUCUUAACUGAUUACUCGAGAAUAUUUCAAGAUUAAAAACUCUGGACUGUACCUGGCCGCAUUUGCAGCGGUCCUGGGGAACUUCAACUCUGGUUACUCCCUUGUCUACCCAUCUCCCGUGCUGCCAUAUUUCCAGAGUCCCGACGCCGACCCUCGGCUCAGGAUGAACACCGAGCAGGCCGCCUGGUUCGGAUCUAUCUACUCCCUAGGUGCUGCAGCCGGGGGGCUAGGGGCCAUACUGCUCAAUGACAUGAUUGGACGAAAGCUGAGUAUUAUGAUGUCGGCGUUGCCCACAACUCUCGGGUACAUGCUGAUGGGAGGAGCUAUAAACUUGUCCAUGCUCCAGGUCGGCCGUUUCCUAACUGGCGUUGCCGCAGGGAUGACUGCAGCAUCCAUUCCUGUUUACAUCUCAGAGAUCUCCCACCAAAAAGUGAGAGGAGCUCUUGGCUCCUGCCCUCAGAUCACAGCUGUAAUUGGGGCCCUGGCGCUCUACGCUCUUGGUCUGGUGGUGCCAUGGAGGUGGCUGGCUGUGGCAGGCGAGGUGCCAGCUGUGUUGAUGGUUGUGCUGCUGGCGUUCAUGCCCUCCUCCCCCAGAAGGCUCCUCUCAAUGGGCCGGCAGCAGCAUGCUGAGAGGGUGCUCCGCUGGCUCAGGGGAAAUCAGUAUGACGUCCAGACUGAGCUCCUUGCCAUACAGCACAGCAUCGACACACAGCCCAAAAUCACAUGGUCUCAGCUGGGAACACCAACCUACUACAAGCCAAUCCUGAUCUCAGUGGGGAUGCGUUUCCUGCAGCAGAUGACAGGCAUCACACCAAUCCUGGUUUACCUGGAGCCCAUCUUUAAAAAGAGCAAUGUCCCCCUGCCACCCAGGUAUGAUGCUGCCAUCGUGGGUUUGGUGCGCCUCGGCUCUAUUGCCGUGGCAGCUUUUCUGAUGGACAAAGCAGGACGCAAGGCUCUGCUGUACACAUCGAGCAUGCUGAUGUUUUUGUCCUCUCUGACUCUCACCAUGGUUUCUCACACCACACCUUGCCCUCCUGGCCCUGCUCCUCCAAACCACACCGCUCCGGACUACACCUCCCACAAUGACUUUGGAAGCACUUUUAUGAGCAAUGCCCAAACUGCAGGGAGCGUCUUGCCGAUCAUUUGUACCGUGGUGUUUAUAUUUGGAUACGCCAUGGGAUGGGGCCCAAUCACAUGGCUGCUAAUGUCAGAGGUGCUUCCACUGGCUGCCAGGGGUAAAGCUUCUGGUGUGUGUGUCACCAUCAGCUGGCUGACGGCCUUCGGGCUCACGCACGGCUUCACACACUUAGUGGACACGUAUGGCCUGUAUGCGCCCUACCUGCUUUUCACGGUGGUGUGCGUCGUCUCUCUGCUCUUCAAUGCUGUGUGCAUCCCAGAGACUCGCAAGCGCUCGCUGGAGGAAAUAGAGAACUACUUCAGGACGGGACGCACGUUCACCAUCAACCAGUCCAGUUGAGGCCUGCAUCAGUCUCAUUCACAUGAUGUACUUAUAUAUGGGGUGCCGUUUGUAAAGUGAAACAUGCUGAA